GUCCAUAGCAUGUGGGAACUUAUUAUCAAAGAGGCCUAUAUACAAGGGCAACACGAUGCGCAAUAUGAGGCCAUAGCCAGGGCCAUCUCCGCCAUAAUAUUCCUUUCUACGCCUCACCGGGGCACCAAUCUCGCGCAAACACUCAAUCGCAUCCUGCAGUCGACAUUGGGCAUUACUAGUGCCAAGGAUUACAUAUCAGAAUUAGGCAAAGGCUCUUUUACUCUGCAAAUAUUGAGCGAGCAGUUUCGUCGCAUUGCCCCCUCGUUAGACAUAGUUUCCUUUUACGAGACCGUUCUCACCCCGAUCGGUUUCAAGAACGCCAAGUUUAUGAUCCUAGAGAAAGAAUCUUCUGUCCUAGAGUACCCAGGAGAAAUCUCAAAGCUCCUGACUAACGUAGAUCAUCACGGGGUAUGCAAAUAUCAAAGUCCGAACGACCCAAACUCUGUGACCGUCAGGAACUUCCUCAAGUCACUUUUCAGCAAGAUACUCGCCAGCCAGGCCGACGGAGCCCUGAAGCACAGGAAGUUGCAGAUAGGAAGGGGCGCACACAUUCGACAGACCUACGGGCGAUCUUGGGCAUUACGGAGCUGCCAAACACAGACUAUGCCUUCUUCCGAGAUCAAUGGGUCCAGGGAACUGGCCAGUGGCUCGGCAGGCAAGUCUGUCCUCGCCUCGGCGGUCAUCGACAAUCUUGUCGCAGAUGUCACCGACGGCUACUGCCCUUAUUUCUUCAUCCACUUCGCGGGCCGUAAGAAGCGUACGCUCAACCUGGUGCUCAGAUCGCUAGCUUACCAGGUGUGUCUGAGCGUGCCUGUAUUUCAUCAAGAGGUUUUGGACUUUGCAGAUGAUGCUAUCGGGUUUGACAGAGCUGACUCACGGAACAUUUGGGACUGCACCAAGUUUGCGCUUUCCAGCAUUGAUAUGAUCAGCAAUUCCAUCUUCUGGAUCAUCGAUGGUAUCGACGAGGCCGAGAAGCCACGCACGUUACUGAAAUACCUCGCUGACCUGCAUCUGUUCCACUUGCCAAUCCGAGUCUUGCUGGUUGGUCGGCGCACCAACGAGCUGGACGCCGAGUUUCAAAGGCUACCUGCCGCGGUGCAGACGACCCACCCAUAUCGAGAUGGAUGGGCGAGUCGAACAUCUUGCCGCAUACAUGCAGAGGCGGUAUUAGAGGAGUUGCCUGGCGGUAUGAAGGCUUUGUACGACCGCAUGGCAGCGUCCAUCUCGACCAAGUCUCCCCCGGAAAGAGAGUUUGCAACCAAGCUUCUGCAAUUUGCCGCAUGCUCUGUCCGCUCGCUCAAGGUCAUCGAGCUGUCUCGAGCACUGAGCACCUAGCCGUCCUACCGCGGCCAUCCGCUUUCAGCCUGGGAGGCGGAUGGCCCUACCCACAUCGGCCAUCUGCGGAGGAAAGACGUCCGUUAUCGAGGUGAGGUACUUGAAGC